UCAGAAAUUAAAAACUCUAUCUCAGGCUUCACCGACAUGCUCGAAAUACAAGAUUACAACCCUUCUUUAUUCGAUAUGUUCCAAACACCGCCGCCUCCACCCCACCACCGCCGCCACCGGAAAUGGCGCCAUCUACUUCAGGGCAGUCCACUUCCAUCUCUUCAUCCUCCACAGAGGUCACAAAUGAUACUAAGACCACAUGCGAAGAUCAACACGAACAAGAUGAUGAUGGUGAUCAAGAGAAGAAUAUGAAUAAACAUCAUGAGUUAAAACCCAAGAAGAAGAAUACAAAAAGGCCAAGGCAACCAAGAUUUGCUUUCAUGACUAAAAGCGACGUUGAUCACUUGGAUGAUGGAUAUCGAUGGAGAAAAUAUGGCCAAAAAGGCCGUCAAAAACAGCCCUUUUCCAAGACUGUAUUACCCUCCUUUUGUCUUCCUCGUCGUCACCAUCAUCAUCGACUUGCGGCUUCUAUGGCGGUUAGAGAUAGCGGGCUUCUUCAGGACAUGAUCAUGCCAUCUCUGCAGGUGACUCCAGGAGGAGCCCAAAGAUGA